GCGGUUGCAACCGUUGGUUGGUAUGUAGGUUCUGGUGACUUGUGACAUGCUUGUAACCCAUUUACUUUUUUAGCACCUUCCCAGCUCCUUUAAGCAGGUCUCCAGACCUACUUUUCCUCUCUGGCCCUUAGUGUUGGGACAUGUGCCAUUACUUAAUUCAGAGAACUGAACUGGAUUUUAUUUGAACCCAAUUACUGGGAAUUUUGAGGACUUUCGCCGAUUCUUUGCUUCUCUGCGGAGGCACGCGGAACGCUGCUGACGCCCGCACCACACGGCCGAAUGAAAUAAUGAACGAUUGAACGAUUCCCCCGACUCGACCGAAACUCUGAACGCUAUCUAAUCGCGGGGCGAUAACGGGCCUGACCUGCCUCUAGAAGAACAGCCGCCCCGGUGUCUACUUCACCGCCCCUGCCGGCUUCGCACGGGAUGGUUGUGUGGGACUUUGCUCUGUGUGUUGCAGCGGGCGAGAGUAAGUGUGUGUGUUUGCAAGUGUGAGACUGCGGGAAUACAAGAGAUGAUGCCGUCACGUGCGCUGGGCUGGCCUACACAUUAACUCUCGCCCCUGGAGAGACAAGGGCCAGACACACACACACACACACACACACAUACACAUAUAUAAAGUAGGGGCUGUCGGAGAGUCGAGCAGUCGGAUGCACCGAAAGCGGAAGAGCGGCACUGACAUCCUCGGGGGCAGAGAAGCGCCGAGAUCAACCCGACACGGCGCUCCCACCAUGGCAGAGAGACGGCGCGUGGGGUACAGCGUCCGGCGCGAAGUGCUGGACGAGCUCGUCGUGGAGGAAAUAGCGGAGAAAUCGGAGCACGAAACGGCCCUUUCGGACAAGGUCAGGAGAUCUCUCAGGUGCUCCAGCUCCAGGCUCAAGAGCUGUUUCCUCAGCUCUGUUCCUGUGUUCUCCUGGCUGCGGCGCUACUCCUUGCGAGACUGGGCAGCGGGAGACCUGGUGUCGGGCAUCAGCGUGGGCAUCAUGCACCUUCCUCAGGGAAUGGCAUAUGCUUUACUGGCAGCUGUUCCUCCAGUGUAUGGUCUCUUCUCCUCUUUUUACCCUAUCUUGGUGUACUUCGUCUUUGGGACAUCCCAGCACAUUUCAGUGGGUACCUAUGCAGUGAUGAGUGUCAUGAUUGGGGCUGUGACAGAGCGCUUGGCUCCUGACAGCGACUGCGUCAACGGGACGAGCUGGGCUGCGGAGGCCAACGUGAGCUGCGUCGAAGCAAGAGUGAAAGUUGCCGCCGCAGUCACUUGCCUGUGCGGACUCUUCCAGUUGGCGCUGGGCUUGGUGAGGUUUGGCUUCGUCGUAACGUACCUGUCCGAGCCGCUGGUGCGGGGCUACACCACUGCCGCCGCCAUCAACGUCAUCGUCUCCCAGCUCAAAUACACCUUUGGCAUCCAGCCUCAGAGAUUCAGCGGGCCCUUCUCCCUCAUCUAUACGGUGAUUGACUUGUGUUACUUGCUGCCGAAGGCCAACAUCGGGACCCUCGUAGUCAGCAUCGUUACUAUAGUCUUACUCAUCAUUGCCAAGGAGGUCAACGUGCUGCUCGUACGCAAGCUGCCUGUCCCCAUCCCCAUGGAGCUGAUUGCUAUCAUCAUCGCCACGGUGAUCUCCUCCCAGUUCAAUCUUGAGGCGCAGUAUGGAGUGGAGGUGGUCGGAGACAUUCCUACCGGACUUCAGCGCCCAGUGUUACCCGACGUGUCGCUCUUCGGGAAGGUGAUCGGCGAUGCCAUUGCCCUGGCUGUGGUUGGAUAUGGAAUUGGCAUCUCCUUAGGCCGAAUAUUUGCUCUGAAAUAUGGAUACAGAGUGGACAGUAACCAGGAGCUGGUAGCAUUUGGCCUCUCUAAUGCCAUCGGCGGCGUUUUCCAGUGCUUCGCCAUCAGCUGCUCCAUGUCGCGCAGUCUUGUGCAGGAGAGCACAGGAGGGAAAACACAGGUGGCUGGCGCCAUCUCGGCCAUGGUCAUCCUCGUCAUUCUGCUGAAGAUCGGGAAACUCUUUGAAGAACUACCCAAGGCAGUGCUAGCAGCCAUCAUCUACGUGAACCUGCACGGGAUGAUGAAGCAGUUCUGGGACAUCCCCAUGCUGUGGAGGACCAAUCGGGUCGACAUGGUUGUGUGGAUCGCAACGCUGAUCCUCACUGUGCUCUUCAAUGCUGAUAUGGGCCUGGUAGCCUCCAUUGCCUUCUCCAUGCUCACUGUCAUCUUCAGGACCCAACUGCCACAGUACUCCAUUCUUGGGCAGGUCCAGGACACUGAUAUCUACAAACCAAUAGACAGCUACAAGCAGGCAAAACAAAUACCCGGUUUGGUGAUUUUCCGCUCUUCAGCGACCCUCUACUUCGCCAAUGCUGAAAUGUACUCCGAUGCCCUGGAAGCAAAGAGUGGGAUUGACAUCACCAAGAUCCUUUCACACAAGAAGAAGCAGGACCUCAAGAGGUUGAGGAAGGAGAAGAAGGAGGCCAAAAAGGCUAAGAAGGAAGCUAAAAAGCAAGCAAAGAAGGCCAGAAAGGAAGCAAAAGAGAAUGUGUGUAAGGAGGCUGAGGACGAAACCAAGACGGAGGAGGACACAGAAUCCAGUGCUGAAGAACAGGAAGAACAUGAAAUGGAGGAACCUGAGCUUCCACACAUGAACAAUAACCUGGCAACAGUGGAGAAGGGCUAUUAUCCUGACCGCACCCUUCCACACCACAUCAUCCUGGACCUCAGUCCUGUGAACUUCCUGGACACCGUGGGAGUAAAGACACUGCGCAAUAUCCGAAAGGACUAUGGAGAAAUCGGCGUGGAGGUGGUCCUCGCAGGCUGUCAGCCCUGUGUCGUAGAAAACCUGGAGAGAGGAGGUUAUUUCAAUGAAAAGGUCACCAAGGCGUGCCUCUUCACCACGGUGCACGAUGCUGCGCUUUACUGUCGGCGAGACGCAGCCAAGACAGACGUGUCUGACGAGGUCGUGGAUGGAACUCAUUUCUAAAAUACUGGACAAAAUGCCAACGGGAGAUGCUCAUACACAAUAAAAUACGAACAAGCACCGAGACUCUAAUAAAUAAUGACACCAGGCAUUCCAAUAUUUCAUGAACAACUUUAAGUAUAAAAGUGUUAAAACAUUUGUAUUUAAAAAGUAUACAUUCUAA